AUGGCUCCUCAAUUCAACCUCAAGAACACCGUCGAGCGUAUGGACCGUCCAUCCAGCUACGCCAUCAGCAAGGUGCGCUGCAUUCCCGCCGUCGAGCUAACACUUCCACCCCAAUUAACACCUGCUCUGGUCUCAGGACAAGAAGCGCAAGCGCCAACGUACUGCCGAAGACGAAAGCCGCCCUCCUUCGCCGGACCUCGAGGACAAGCUCGCCAACGCCACGACCCUCUACGUCGGCAACCUCUCAUUCUACACCACCGAGGAACAGAUCCACACCCUCUUCAGCACAUGCGGCGAGAUCAAGCGCCUUGUCAUGGGCCUCGACCGCUUCGCCAAGACCCCAUGCGGCUUUUGCUUCGUUGAAUACUACUCGCAUCAGGACGCGCUGGACUGCUUGAAAUAUGUCGGUGGUACAAAGUUGGAUGAGCGUAUCAUCCGCACAGACCUGGACGAGGGGUUUGCAGAGGGACGGCAGUAUGGGAGAGGAAAGAGCGGAGGUCAGGUGAGGGAUGAGUAUCGCGAGGAGUACGAUCCGGGCCGUGGAGGCUACGGUCGCGUUCUUCAGGAAGGAGACAAAUACGCCGAUGAAUACCGAUAA